AUGUUCUGUCGAGUUCUCGUUCUCUGCUUAGUCGUCUUUAAUCUAUGUGCGGCCUACCUGAAACUAGAUUACAAUGAUCAGGCCGAGCAGAUUUACACUUGCGAAAUCGACGUGAGUCAAAACGAAUCACGUGGGUGAUUUCAAAACAGAAUCACGGGAUGUGUUACUCAAACUCAUCUAUUGCGAGGAUAAAACUCUCAAAAGCGGAUAUAUUUUUUAAAGACUAGAAUCUUAAAAAACCAAUCAUUUUUGUCAGGGCCUUGUGGAUCAGAAUGUGCACCAACUGCACGGAACUCUUGUAAAUUGCCAAUCGCCUCCGAUGGAAUGCUCCAUUGACAGCGACGAAUAUCUCGUGAAGUCUCGCACAAAUGUCGAGUGUCGCGUACCUUCCAACGGCCUGUUUUACCACGACGAUGUUCGUUUCUUGAAAACUAGGUUACUAUAGGUUCUCAGACGGCUCGAGUUUCCGACUUCUCAAUCGAAUUAUGAAUACUAUGAGUAGGUCAUAAAUAGAUCAGGUCACAGCUAACUCGAUUACGAAAAGCAUGAUAUCAGAGUGCGGCCGCUUAAGACUUGAUAGUUCCGCGGGGAUCAAAAAGAAGAGGGACUCAACACUCUAUCAAUUCAGAAAGCGUGCUCAUUCCGUUUCUACUACCGUCGCAGCUACUGCUUCUACGUCAGCAGAUGCUACAGCCUGACCAUGUCGUGCCAAUCCGUCGCCACGCCCACCGUCCUCUUCUACAUUCGUUCGUUUGCCAUGCUGUGUUCGCUCUCAUUACCAUCUCUUGUUUUCAGUACUUUUCUGUGUCGCCCUUGUCGUCAUCCUCUUCUUCUCGCUCAUCAUCUACUGCAUCUACGAAUGCUGCUGGAGAACCACCGACUUGAACAUUCCGAAACAGUACGCUGUCCACGUGGCAAUCCACCCGAUUCUCCCACUUUUCAGAGACAAGAAGAUCGAACGCGUGCUCCGUCGAAGUCAGAAACUAAGGGAAAAACAGACGGCGUACGCUCCAGUUCAUUGCGAAACCGCGUUCUAA